AUGUCAAAUCGUCGCAUAUUCGUCAUCGGUGCCACAGGCGCCCAGGGUCUUCCUGUAUGCCGUGGUCUGGUCAAGGAUGGAGCCUACAGCCUGCGGGUCCUCACUCGCGACGCCAACUCCAGCCGUGCAAAGCAAUUAGCCGAACUCGGUGACGUGGAGUUCCUUGAAGGAACGUUCGCCAACAAUGAAGAUUUGCGGAAGGGCCUCAAGGGAUGCUGGGGCGCCUUCAUCAACAUCGAUGGAUUCAACUGUGGCGAGAAAACGGAAACCUACUGGACAAUUCGUGCAUACGAGUUGGCAGUUGAAACAGGCAUCAAAUUCUUUGUUUUUGGCAACCUCGACUACGUUUACAAGAAGAGCGGCUAUGAUCCGCGGUUUCGUUGCGGUCACUACGAUGGCAAGGGUCGAAUGGCUGAGUGGAUUCUGAGCCAGAGGAAGGGCAACGGCAUGGGCGUCGCCAUCUUCACCACAGGCCCCUACAUGGAGAUGACAAUCGCGUCCCAAACCCCCAUGACGCCUCGUUAUCAAGACGGAGCCGUCCUUUGGGUGGCCCCGCUUGGUGACGGAGCGGUGCCGCACGUCUCCCUAGACGACUGUGAGCACUAUGUUCGCUGGCUCUUCGACCACCGGGAAAGAUCUGAUGGAAUGGACUUGGAGGUGGCCAUUGACCAUAUACGGUAUGCCGAUCUCGCGGCAGCCUUCCAAAAAGUAACGGGCAAACCCGCCCAGUAUGUCGAUGUACCAAUGUCGGAAUAUUUCGACCGUGUGCCCAUCUCCCAUCAGCCGGCUGCUUACAACGCAGAUCCCGGCGACCCUGCCACGAUGACUUUCGAGGAGAACUUUACUGGGUUCUGGACUACGUGGGCGCAUUCUGGCGGAAACCAAGGGGUUGUUACUAGGAACUACCAACUGCUGGAUGAAAUUCAUCCGAAGAGGAUUCGGACGGCUGAGGAAUUCUUUCGCCGGGAAGAAGAAAGGCGUCGUUCCCUAGGAAUUGAAACUCUUUUUGAGGCAAUCCAGAAGGAUGAUUUGAAAUCAGUUCUUAAGCUGGGAGAGGAUAACAGAAAGGGCAGAUUGAAAUUGCUAUCAUCGGCGGUACCGGCGCACAAGGCCUGCCAGUGGUACAAGAGCGGACGUUAUCGUGUCCGGGCCUUGACGCGAAAUCUGCAGUCUCCUCGCGCAAAGGGAAUUGCCGAUCUUCCAAAUGUAACACUCGUCCGUGGGUCCCAGGACAACCAGGAGGACUUGCACAAUCUUUUCCGGGGUGUAUAUGGCGCUUGGGUCAACCUCGACGGCUUCACUCUGGGAGAAAAAGAUGAGCUUUUCUACGGCUUUAGGGCCUACGAGAUCGCCAGGUCGGAAGGUGUACAGCACUACGUCUGGGCGAAUAUUGAGUACGCUCUUGAGAACGCACGAUUUGAUGAGAAAUACCAUUGUGGACACAUGGAGUCUAAAGGGAGAGUGGGCAAGUUUAUCCUCUCCCUGGGCCAGGAUGGCAUGAAGAGCACCCUUUUUAGCACUGGUCCGUACAUGGAUAUGCUCAUGGGCGGUUUGCUCGUGCCUAUAGAGCAGCCGGAUGGCACCUUUGCCUGGCUUAACCCAGCCCCGAGUGACGUGAAGCUUCCGCUGAUAGCUCUCCUCGAUGUCGGCGUUUACAAUCUUUGGAUUUUUGACAAUCCCAGCGAGUCUGCCGGCAUGGACCUCUCCGUUGUUACGGACAAUGUCAGCUUCGCAGAGAUCGUUGAGACCUUUACCGAAGUUACUGGCAAGAAGGCAGCCCAUGUAACGGUCCCGUUUGAAGAGUAUGCCAGUGUAGCAGAGCCUUACCCAAAUGCUUAUGUCAACUGGGUUCUCGGGCCUACCGCCGCCCGCGAUGAUUCUGUGAUGACCUGGCGCGACAACUUCGGGGCUUGGUGGCAGUAUUGGGGAGGCGGGAUCACCAAGCCGCGAGACGUGGCAAUCCUGGACCGCAUCCACCCCACCCGCAUCAGGAGCUUGAAGGAUUGGAUGGAGAAGGUUGGGUAUGAUGGGCAUCGCCGCAGUGUUCUGAAAAUGGUGGAUGACUGGGCUGAAAAGACUGCAACAAAUUAA